AUGCGCGCCAAACGCUCCAAGAAGUACCGCAAAACCAUGUCCCAAUACCAGUCCGCCUUCUCCUUCCGCCCGCCCUACCAAGUCCUCCUCUCGUCGGCCUUCCUCAAGCAAUGCCACGCCUUUCACAUGCCUCUCCAAAAGUUCCUCGAGAACACCCUCCACGAUCCCUGCCGGCUGUUCGUCACGCAAUGCACACUCGACAAGAUCAGCAAGGAGCACGAGAAGGACAAGUUGCGGCGCGGGGAUAAGAGGUUAGGUGGUCGCCCAGAUUAUCUGCCGCCGCCGACGGAGGUGCCGUUACGGUAUUGUAAGCAUAAGGACGAGGACGGGAAUGAAUUGGGAGUGGUAGGGGAGGAGCGGUGUUUGUUAGAUCUGGUAAGCGGGCAGGUCAAGGGCGGGGCAGAGGUGAGGAAUAAGCAGCAUUUUGUCCUGGCAGCCGCGGACGAAGCAGACCUGAGUGAGAAGAAAGGUUAUCAGUCAAAAGCACCACAUAUCGACCUGAGGCAGAGAGUGAGGAUGAUCCCUGGGGUACCGAUCGUGUACGUCAAGAGGAGUGUAAUGAUACUGGAAGAGCUGAGCGCGGCGAGUGAGGCAAAGAAGCGGCAGACCGAGAGGGAGACAUUCAAGGAUAGUUUGGGUGUGACGAAUGACCGGAAGCGGAAGAGAGGGGAGGACGAUGAGGAAGGGGAUGAGUUCGGAGGGAACGAUAUGUUGAAGGAGCUGAUGCGGGAGGAGAAUGUACAGAUGCCGACUGCGCGAGGGCUGGCGAGGCCGAAGGGUCCCAAUCCGUUGAGCGUCAAGAAGAAGAAAAAGGUUCAGAUCAAUCCUGCCGCGCCUGCAGAUCAGCCUGAGAACCAAAAGAAGCCCUCCAGGCGUAUACGGGGCAAGAAGAAGAAGGAUGCGGAGGGAGUCGCGAUGGCUGGCGGUGGUGGCGGUGGUGCCUCUGACGGCGACUGA